CAUGACAGGGGUGGCCAUUUGUUUGUCUCCGGUCUGGGGAAGCGGAGACGAAUGGGAUCGCUACCAGGUUCUCGGCUCGCAGCCGAACACGGUGCCAAUCCGUGCGCGAGCCCCGUCGAGCUGCGGGCGCGUUCUCACAACCUGGUACGGACCUGUCAAUGAGUGCGCGUGGACCGAAUGUUGUUGGUGUCUGGUCUGGCCCAACCUGCGUCCGUGAGCCCGGGGACGGGGGACGGGCAGUAUAAGAGCAGCCGUCCGUCGCCCUGCGCGCUUGUCACCCGCCGCUCCUUGGAGAUGCUGUUCUGCGUUAGCAGACCUUCGGCAAACCCCCUACCGGCAGGCACUUGGCUUUUUUUUGCUUUGCAACUCUCUACAACGCAUCCCCAAACAUGGCGACGAGUGAGACCGUGACGGCGACCAAUGGCGGCCGGGCGGUAAGCGACGAAGAGAAGGGCCUGCACCGGACCCAGACCAGCGUGACCAUGUCGCCCGAGCUCUUCGAGAAGCUGUACCUCACGCCCAAGGUGCCUCAGGUCGGCGACUACAACAAGCGCUUCGCCAACCCGACGGCGCUGGGGUUCGUCGGGUGAGUGUGGCUCUCUCAGCAUCUGUCGCCCGUGCUGGUGAAUUGGUGAGCGGAGAGGAGGCACUGACAGCCGCAGCUUCGUCAUCUCGACCUUCACCUUUUCCAUCGUCUGCAUGGGCUGGGGCGGCGCCUCGGGUUUCUCGCCCGUCCUGUAAGUGUUGCUUUCGUCCAGCUCCCCGCUGCCCAGGCUGACAGCGGGGUCUCCGCGAACAGCGGCAUCUUCUUCUUCGUCGGCCCGCUGCUGCUCACGUUCGCCAUGGUGUUCGAGUGGAUCAUGGGCAACUUCUUCCCCAUGAUGGUCAUGGGCCUCUUCGCCGUCUUCUGGCUGUCGUUCGGUCUGCUGCAGGUGCCGACGCUGCAGCUCGGCUCGCCGUACGCGACCUCGGCCGACCCGACGGGGCUCGCGUCGCCCGAGUACAACGCGGUGGUGGCGCUGUACCUGAUCGUCUGGGGCUUCGCGCUCUUCACCUUCUUCAUCUUCACCUGCAAGAUCAACGUCGUGUUCGCCGCCAUCUUCCUGCUGGUCAGCACGGCCGCAUGGGUGCUCUCGGGCGCGUACUGGAAGGUCAGCACGGGCGACUUCGACGCGGCGACCAAGCUGCAGAAGGCCGGCGGCGCGCUGCUGUUCGUCGUGGCCGCGCUCGGCUGGUACAUGUGCUUCAUCAUCAUGGCCGGCGAGAUGCGCAUCACGCUCAAGCUCCCCGUCGGCGACCUGAGCCAUUUCUGGCCCAAGACCGACGUCGCGUUGGCCGCUGCCGAGCAGAGGGAGCGCACUGAUUGAAGGGGGUGGAAGGAAUGGUUGGUGUGGGAGCUGGAUAUGCUGGAUAUGCUGGAUAUGCUGGAUAUGCUGGAUAUGCUUGACCAUGUUGGAUUAUCUGGAUGAAUGGGAGGAGGGAGGGGGCGUGGUGUGGAAGGCGAGAAUUUUGAAGGCGAUGGAAUAAUCUGGAUAAGGUACCUGAGAUAAGUUCCAGGUUUUAAUGUCUGUUCCAUCUUUGCGAGUCCUUUCUGUCCUGGAUACGCUGGACUAGGUUGGCGUGGAUUUGUGUGCUCAUAAGAAGGAAGGCGCAGGGCACGCAGGCAGAGACAAUGAUAAGGUAUGGGAGGGCCUGGACCAGCGAGCCAUUGAUGUAGAGCUUUCGGAUUCCCCAAUGCCAGCG